UGCAGGAUGCAUUCUCUGUUCCUCCUAUGCAUCACGGCGGCGGCCUCCGGCUCCUUGGCGAGUCCUCUCCUCAAUCCUCUGUCCUUGGAAGUGAUCGGCAUCGUUAACAAAGCUAACACUACCUGGAGGGCCGGCCCCAACUUCCAUAAUGUUGACAYGAGCUACGUGAAAGGCCUGUGUGGGACCAUACUGAAGGGACCCCGGCUGCCAUAUGUGGUUCAUGACGUUGAAGGCCUAAAACUUCCUGACAGCUUUGACGCGCGGCAGCAGUGGCCCAACUGUCCCACGAUCCAACAGAUCAGGGAUCAGGGAAACUGUGGAUCCUGCUGGGCCUUCGGGGCAGCUGAAGCCAUAUCUGACAGGUUGUGUAUCCAAAGCGGAGGCAAAGUCUCUCUGGAGAUUUCCGCUGAAGAUCUGCUGUCCUGUUGUGAUGAAUGUGGUAUGGG